GGUCGUCGAUUGCGGUUGUUGUGCGCGCCAGUGGAUAUUACUACGUGCUACCUCGAGACCUCAUUUUAUCGGGUUUCCAUUAAUAACGAACAGUAUAUUAGACCAGUUUUAUCCGCAUAAUAAAAUCUUUUUACUUUUUAAAAUGGUAAAAAAAUUAAUUUCAAAAUUUGAGCAUAUAAUACACAUAACUGUUUUCCGGAGUUUAAACUCGAGGUGAAAUAAAAUUAUUUUUAUUCUAUAAUGUGUUUGUGAGAUAUAAUAUUUUACAUAAUAACUACAUAUAUGCAGUGUCAAACCUCGUUUGAGAGAAUACGUAAAUGAUAUAUACAAAAGUUAUGUAAAUAAUCUACAUACAAGUGUUAAAAUUUGUGAAACUUUUCUCGUAAAGAUUGCAUGUGUGUGUUAAUGAACACACACACUCUAUUUGUCGAUUUAGCAAAUUAACAAAUCUGUAAAAAAAAUUAGUUACGUGUGUAUAUAUAUUAUAUUACAAAGAGCUUUCAGAGUAGACGUAGCUUUGGUGAUAAACCAGAUAAGAUAUGUUUUUGAAGAGUGAAAUUCACUAUCGGUCAUUCCGUCGCAAUUGACAAGUGAAAUUUUCCUCAGCAAGGAAGUAGGUCGCAAACACAUGUUGAUACUCGAAACAAGAACGAAGCUCGCGAGACGUUCUCUUGACAUACUUAACUUGCAACUUCAACGAAAUCAAACUCUUUAAGGUGGACAAUAGUUUAAAGUCAAGUAAAUCCAAACCGAUCAUUACUGAAGUUCAUUGUGCGCGUAAUGUGCACCACGUACACGUUUGUAAUUACAAGUUACAUAUAUCCUAAAACAUAUUAUUUGCAUUUCUCAUAGCGAGAAGCAAAGGAAAGACAUUAUCGUUGUGCGAAUAAUUAUUAAGAAUUAUGCUACCAGUCGAACAGACUCGCUAUUUUCUUUGCCGCGUGUACAAGCUCCGAGUUUAACCAUCGCGAAAGGAGGUCUUUGGGUGUCAGGAGCAAUUACUGUUGCGAAAAAAAGAAAGCGUGUAUAGUUCGUUGCGUGUUCGAAAGUAGCGCGGGAAGCACGUAAGGUCAUAGCCAGCUAAUCGAUGCUGAAAUCGAUGUGCUCGAAAUUAAUUGCAACAUCCAAAAGCAACGUGAUAUGUGCAAAUAUGUGGUGAAAAAAUAGUUGUAAUUAAAAGUGUUUGCUUAUGCGAAGACUAUCAUUACGCAAAAGAAACGUAAUACAGUGCCGUUACUUUGAGCGUGUCGCUAUGCGGAAAUAUAAAAUCGUGUUCUAGUCGAAGACGAAGUGGAAAAUUCAGCGUGUGUGAAAAAUAUUAAAAAAGAUAAUGUUUUAUUGAAUAAGACAUGGUGAAAGAAAAGCCACGUAGACGAAGCGUAAGCGAAGUGCUCGACUGGAGAUGCCUAGCCGGAUGCAAGAGCGUUAUUGCUGGUUGUGAGAACGAUGAUGAAGUACUUUUUCGGGAAGAUUCGGUACAACCAGAGACUCGCAGACGAAAACGAUCUGGCACUUGGCCGAGAACAAGAAGCCUAAAUGCACCAAGUCCCAUUCAAACAUUCGGACCAUGUGGACGUAUCGCAAAAAAUUCCGCAAUAAUUAUGACCAUUCAAGAUCCGGCUUCUCAAAGAUUGACGUGGUACAGAACACCACUUACCGUCUUGGUCAUCAAAAAAGUCCGCGACUCGUCAGUUCUGCGACCAUUCGUAGAGUUGGUCACAUGGCUGAUACAGGAAAAACGAAUGGUAGUUUUUGUGGAAGCGUCAGUUCUGGAUGAUCCACCUUUGGCUAGGGAUGCCAAAUUUCAAAGUAUUCGAGAAAAAUUGCAAACUUUCAAAGACCGCAUUGAGUUACAGAAUCGAAUUGAUUUUAUCGUUUGUUUGGGAGGCGACGGCACUCUUCUUUACGCCAGUAUGCUGUUUCAAGAAUCUGUACCUCCUGUAAUGGCAUUCCAUCUUGGUUCCUUAGGAUUUCUUACUCCCUUCGAAUUUAAUAAUUUUCAAGAACAAGUAAACAAUGUCCUUGAAGGACAUGCGGCCUUGACCUUACGGAGCCGCCUGAUGUGUACCAUCGUGCGCAAGAACGAAGAGCAGCCAGAAACACGUACAAAUAUCCAAGUGUUGAAUGAGGUUGUGGUUGAUCGAGGACCUUCCCCUUACCUAUCAAACAUCGACUUGUUCAUCGACGGGAAGCACGUAACGAAUGUCCAGGGUGACGGGUUAAUCGUAAGCACACCGACUGGGUCGACUGCUUACGCCGUUGCCGCCGGUGCCAGUAUGAUUCAUCCUUCAGUUCCCGCCAUUAUGAUUACACCGAUCUGUCCUCACUCCCUGUCCUUCAGGCCGAUCGUCGUACCUGCCGGGGUCGAGCUCAAGAUUUCGAUUUCACCCGACAGCAGGAACACGUCGUGGGUGUCCUUCGACGGUAGAAAUAGACAGGAGCUUUUCCACGGCGACAGCUUGAGCGUAACCACUUCUAUAUAUCCGGUGCCUAGCAUCUGCGCGGCCGAUCAAAUGACGGAUUGGUUUGAUUCUCUCGCCGAAUGCCUUCAUUGGAACGUAAGGAAACGGCAGAAGCACCUGGACGAGUUGAGUGACCUCGCGCAUUCAUCUAGCAACGAUACCUUAGACUCCUUUGAGACAGAUCGAGACAGCUAGGUGUCACGGAUAUUUCUUAUAGACUGCAGCACAAUCGACAAUAUUUGACCAACUCCAAGAGUCAACUUGGCUAAAAAAAAAUCUCGUAAUCAAAUAAACUCGAUAGAUUAUUAAGUAACUGCUUCCAUGUGUUGGGCAAAAUCUUUUAUGUACAAAAAAGAAAUUUACACGCCAAAAAUGUCGCGGAAAAAAAACCAGAAUAUGAAAUUAGUAAUUAUCGGUAAAGUUGUGUUCUGCAAGAUUGUUCUCUGCAAAUGGAAAACAUUUUACGCGUAAGAACUGUGAGCUUGAAAAAAAAAAAAAAA